AUGAAACGAUUGGCCAUCGUCCUGCUUGUGACAUGUCUUCUUGCCCCAGCCUCGGCCUACACCAGCCUGUCCGACGGUAGCCUCCGCCAAAUCCCCUCCGCAGGCACCGACUUCGACAUUCACAAUGCCGCGGGCCUCCUCGCGCCCAUCCUGAUCCCUCGCGUGCCUGACACGCCCGGCUCCGAAAAGGUGUUCGAGCACUUUGUCAGCUUCUUCGCGACACACUUGCCGGCGUGGACCAUCUCGCUACACAACACGACCUCCAAGACGCCCGCGACGGGAGACAAGCUGGUGACCUUCCGCAACGUCAUCCUGCGACGCGACCCGCCAUGGGCGAGCGCGGGCGACGUCUCGCGUCUCACACUCGCCGCGCAUUAUGACACUCUGUACCGACCCGAGAACUUCAUCGGGGCCACUGACUCGGCGGCGCCGUGCGCGAUGUUGCUGCAUGUCGCGCGCAGCGUGGACGAGGCGCUGACGAGGCAUUGGGCUGCCAUGGAGGCUGCGGGCGAGGCAGACGGGCUGGGCGAGGAGAAGGGCGUGCAGAUCCUGCUACUGGACGGCGAGGAGGCAUGGGUGUCGUGGACAGACACGGACAGCACGUACGGGUCCAGGGCGCUCGCGGAGGCAUGGGAGGCCGAGGCGCACCCGGCGCCGUCGACGUUUAAGAACCACAUCGACGCCAUCAGCCUGUUUCUGUUGCUCGAUCUUUUGGGCGCCGAGAAUCCCAGGAUUCCGUCGUAUUUUCAGACGACCCACUGGGCAUACCAGAACCUGGCCAAGAUCGAGGAACGGAUGCGCAAGCUGAAGCUCUUCGAAUCGAACCCGCAGGGCCACUUCCUCCCGGAGACGGAUAAACACGCCUCUCAGUUCCAUCCAGGGUUUAUCUCUGACGAUCACGUCCCGUUCAUGCAGCGAGGCGUUGAUGUCCUCCAUAUCAUACCGACCCCGUUCCCUUGGUUCUGGCACAAGAUGGAGGAUGAUGCUGCGCAUCUUGACGGGCCUACGAUGCAGGACUGGUCAAAGCUCAUCACGGCCUUCGUGGCUGAGUGGAUGGAUCUCGAGGGACACAUACCAAAGCUUCAAGAUAAGGCAGCAUCAGACCCCUAUGAGAAGACAGAGCUAUAG